AACCUCCAUGUCGUGAUGUUCAAUAGCUCGGGGAUCGAGCCCACUUUAAACAAGAAGGAGGAUCUCGUUUCUGAAGUUCUCAAUGGCACUUUGCAGCUGUACAACAGCGUGCUCGUCCCCACGAGUCCCACGGCCGCGUGGAACGAGUCGUGCGGGGAGCAGCUGCUGGACUUUGGGCGGCCGGAGAAGAUCAUCAUCGGGGUGAUGCUGGCGGUCAUCACGGCGGUGACCGUGAUGGGAAACACGCUGGUGGUGAUCGCCGUGUGCGUGGUGAAGAAACUUCGGCAGCCUUCCAACUACCUGCUGGUGUCCCUGGCCGUGGCCGACCUGUCCGUGGCCAUAGUUGUGAUGCCCUUCGUGAUUGUGACGGACCUCACCGGGGGCAAGUGGCUGUUCGGGGACUUGUUCUGCAACAUCUUCAUCGGCAUGGAUGUAAUGUGCUGCACCGCCUCCAUCAUGACCCUGUGCGUGAUCAGCGUGGACAGGUAUCUGGGGAUCACCCGACCUCUCACCUACCCUGCACGGCAGAACGGGCAGCUCAUGGCCAAGAUGAUCCUGGGAGUGUGGCUGGUGUCAGCAUCCAUUACUCUGCCACCUUUCUGUGGCUGGGCCAAGAACGUCCACACGGCCGGUGUGUGCCUCAUUAGCCAAGACUUUGGUUACACCAUCUACUCUACAGCCGUAGCCUUUUACAUCCCUAUGCUGGUAAUGCUUGUCAUGUACUACAAGAUCUUCAGGGCAGCCCGCAAGAGCGGCGCCAAGCACCGAUUCACCGACUUGUCACGGCGCGAACGCCUUGAAACGGUGGCUAACGAGGCGCUGCGCAUGCAGGGCCUGAAGCCGCCCGGUGUGGCAGAAGACUGUGCCGCCUUGUCGCGUUUGCUGAACCGAGAACGUAAAAACAUCUCCAUCUUUAAGCGGGAGCAGAAGGCAGCCACAACACUUGGGGUGAUUGUGGGGGUUUUCGCUGUGUGCUGGUUGCCGUUCUUCAUCUUGUCCACAGCCCGGCCUUUUAUUUGUGGAGUGGAGUGUAGCUGUGUGCCGAUCUGGCUGGAGCGCACGCUGCUCUGGUUGGGCUACGCCAACUCACUGAUGAACCCUUUUAUCUACGCCUUCUUUAAUCGAGACCUGCGCUCCACCUAUCGUGACCUUCUCCGCUGUCGUUAUCGCAAUAUCAACCGCCGGCUCUCUGCUGUGGGGGUCCAUGAGGCUCUGAAAGUCUAAGCCCGGAUGGUUAAGCAGCAUUUACUGUGGUCAACGGACAGUAAGGAACGUGAUGUUCAUGCCAGAUCUGUAGAAAAGACACACUGAUAGAAUGGAAGUCACUGUUCAUAUUGAAACUGCAUAAUUACUUCAGCUU